CUCUGCUGCUGGCAUUUCACACACUCAUACUCAACCACACACACACACGCACGCACAUACACAGAGCAGUCAGACGUUGGAUUGUAGGAAAAACAGCAAACAAACAGAAUUGAACUGAAGAAGACAAAGCUGAUGGAGAACUGAGGGACAAGUUGAAUUUUCUUGUUUGAUAUUUGAUCUAAUCCUCCAUUUCUUUGGGCUCUGAGCAGUGUAACUCCAACGCUCUUACACAAAGCUUCAGUGUUGCCUUUGAAGAUGAUUUUAAGGCGAUCAUACGUUCUCACACUGGUGCUUGUGUCCUGGUGUGCUGUAAAGAUCCAGGGCGAGUGUCCACGUAAGUGCUCAUGCCCCUCAUCUCCACCUUCAUGCCUGCCUGGUAUCAGUGCUGUGCUGGACUCCUGUGGCUGCUGCAGGGUGUGUGCCAGGCAGUUUAAUCAGGACUGCAGUGCCACUGAGCCCUGUGACCACAUCAAGGGGCUGCGCUGCCAUCUAGGGGCCAAAGGAGACCCAGAGAGAGGCUUGUGCCGAGCCGAGGCUCAAGGUCGGCCGUGUGAACUGGAUGGCCGAGUCUACCAGCACGGUGAAGACUUCCAGCCUAGUUGUGAGCACCGUUGCACCUGCAUGGAUGGUGUGGUGGGCUGUAUGCCUCUCUGCCCUCACCAUGUGUCCCUCCCUGACUGGCGCUGUGCCCGGUCUCGCCUCACCAAGUUACCUGGACGCUGCUGUCAAGAGUGGGUGUGUGAUGAUGACAACCACAUUGCUGAAGAUGACACAAUGCUCGAAAGCACGCCUCAUGAAUAUGAAAAACAUAAUGACAUCACCAGUAAUGAACUGUUAGUAAUGGCACCGACACCAUGGGACAGCAGUGCAGGAGCACCAUAUCAUGAGUGGAUUUCCUCCACACAAUCCCACGUGCCCGUCUCACCGACAUGCUUCCUGCAAACCACUGAUUGGUCACCUUGCUCAGCAACCUGUGGAAUGGGCGUGUCCAGUAGGGUAACCAAUAGUAAUGCAGAAUGCCGGCUCAUCAAGGAGACGCGUCUGUGUCAGAUCCGAGAGUGUGGCAGUAGUCUACUGGCAUCAUUACCACUCAAGAAAGGGAAGAAGUGUCAGAGAACCGUAAGACCACGCGAGCCAGUUCCCCUGACAUUUGCUGGAUGCACCACUGUGAGCCACCACCGGUUGCGUUCGUGCGGCUCAUGUGUCGAUGGCCGCUGUUGUGAGCCCACUCUCACCCGCACGGUGCGCAUGCACUUCCACUGCCCACAAGGGCAAGAAUUCACCCGCAACAUCAUGUGGAUCAUUCAGUGCAGCUGCACUCAGAGCUGUAGCACCCAAUCAUCCACACAGCACCCAAAAUCCAUUAGCCUGCCCAAUGAUAUACACACAUUCAAAUACUAGACCCGCCCACACACACACACACACACACACACACACACACACACACACACACACACACACACACACACACACACACACACACAGCAUGUUUCCAUCUAUUCCAUAAAGCAAAACAGGCUGCAUUUUCAUCAAAAGACCAAAACUUUUAAAAACUACAGGAAUUAUGCAUAAGAUAAUAAUAAUAAUAAUAAUAAUAAUAAUAAUAAUAAUAAUACACAAAUUAUUAAUUCUACAAAUGUAUAAUGUUUCAGCUAAUGAUAAUGUAUUCAGCAAACUUUCUAUUUCAUAUUAGGUUUGUACAGCUGGUGCAUUUUCGUCAUGCUAUUGAUAAUUUUUGAUAACUACUGGUCAUAGACAAUCAAUUUUAUUGAUCAUAGACUAUUGUUUGUGGCAGCACGGUGGUGUAGUGGUUAGCACUGUCACCUCACAGCAAGAAGGUUCUGGGUUUGAACCCAGUGGUUGAUGGUUAACUGGCUACUCUAAAUUGCCCAUAGGUGUGAAUGUGCAAGUGCACAGAAAGGAACCGGCCACCCUACUGCUGCAAUUCUGGCCAAGCCAACUAAACAUGGUUCGCCUCAAGCCCGGAUCGGGUUUGGCAGUGACGAUGAGACUAUUGUUCAUAGACAAUCAAUGUAUAGAUAUUUUCCAUUGACAUCAAGUUUUGUCUUGAGAAACAGUUUUGGUGUUCCAUUUACACAGCUGUAUUCCAUUUACCUCAGAAGUCACAAGUCGGAGCUGGGAAUAGCAACACAUUCGAGUUGACACAACUAGCCAGGAAAACAAUUCCAAGAAUUAGCAUAGAUGACUUGCAACCACGUGAUCAAAAUGUGCUCCGUCAUGAGCGUCUGCCAUGAUGGUGGAUAUACAAAGCAACUAGGAUGGCAGCCGCUGAAAGCAUGUCUGUAAACAAUGCUGAAUUUUCUCAGUAUUGCCAUGAUUUGAAUGGUCGAGCGAAGAUUCAAUACAAAGAGAAGCUAGAUAUGUGUGGUUUUGACCCAUAUUAUUUAAAAAAAAUCAGACUUUUCUGAAGAUAAGAUGCUUCUACUGACCAUCGAGUACCCAGUUUUCGUGUUCUAUCUGAUUUGGUUGCCGAAGUGUCAAGUCUGACCUUGGAUGAAACAUAGCCCAUUUUCUGAGUGGGUGCCCAGUCUAGAUUGUUUCUAUUGUAUAAUUUUGUUGGCGCUCCUAGAAGCGAAAUGUUAACACGUUAAAAUUAUAACAACGACUGAGUGAACCACAACAAGAGAACACUCAUUUUAUAACAAAAUUCUAGCAACAUGAAAUAAAAUUCUUCCACGAUAUUAUUGAGAAAGCUUUUGAAUCUCACCUGAGAUAAAAUGGUUCCUGCAAACACGAGCUGUUUUGGUUUUAGCCUCUGUUAGAUUAGGCCUGCCGAUGUUGUUCAGCUGUGCUCAUCCCCUCUCCAUACUUCCUCGCCUUCUUUCCGAAUCAUGGACAGAAUUCUAAAAAAUCGGCUCGUACCAUGGUCACGAGUACUGUUGUGACCACAACCAUAUACAGCACAAAGAUAUGGCAUAGCUAAAAGAACGCUUAAAGAAAGUUGCGCAUGCGUGACUAUGUUUUGAUAAGAAUGUCGCUUGACCUCGCAUUUGUAUAUCCACCAACAUGGCUGACAUCCGGGUUUCUAUUUUGCUUUGACAUCACUUGCAAGUCAAGGAUAGUUCUAACCAGUUUAGCCAUUGUUAACAAUACCAGUUGAUAGCAAUGAAUUACACGGUAUUUUGCACAUACAAACACCAUAGCAACAUGCCCACAGAUAGAAGUUACACAGUACUGUGUGUAUGACUGGUUUAAUGAAACAGAAGUGCUAAUAAACAGUAUAUUACUACAGCUUUCACUACUGUUAAUGCACACAGCAGCCAUUUUGGAUUUUGACAUUGGGUAUGGUGAGGUUCCUCUGACUUUUCAAGUUGGAAAUCCAACUUCAGGAGGCAUUCCAGUUGAUAAUUCCGACUGAGAACGCGGAAGUCCUGACUUCCCAGCAAAAAUGAAACACAGCAUAUUAUACCUACUGCUCUACCAUUCAAAUACCUAUGUGUAUACACACACACACACACACAAAAUAUCUCAUCUCAUCUCAUCUCAUUAUCUGUAGCCGCUUUGUCCUUCUACAGGGUCGCAGGCA